CACUACUUGUUUAUGAUCAGGUAGGUACGACUCCUGGCAGAUAUCUCCCCUGCCGGAACUCAAUCAAAUACUAUCAGAUUGUACUCUAAUAGGAAUACAACGAGUUAGAAAGUAGAAUGAUAUGCAGCUGAAUCCUGAGGGGCUUCUCGCGCAAUUUACUCAAUACAGAAGUUGUACUCUGUUUUCCGUGAUACCACCUAGAUUUAGAACGAACAUAGUUUCACGUCAAUCAUGUGAGAUAUAUGCCUGUUGUUCGUUCAUUCUCGUAUGAUUUUAAUAUCCCGAUCACAAGAAGAGGAAUACCAACUCUCUAGUAAGUGCCCUUGUUUCAAACGCUCCUUGCGGUCACGUGUAUCAAAGCGCAAAAAUAGAAUUCUACCUUCCCCCGUGAGAUAGGUAUUUUUUUAUAAUUUGAACCUGUGAAGAUGGUAAAUACGCACUGAUUUCUGGCAGCGGAGUUCGACCGUGUUCUUUUCUAAGGGAACACAAACGUCUAUAACAUCGUAGCAUGAACUUUCAUUUUUUAGCGCAGUGUGUAGAAUCAAUCAUCGAGAUAUCCUUGUCAAGUCGAUGUGAUUGCUAUAUUUGUUUUUGGAUUUUUUUUCCGCUGAAAUGUAGAUGCAGCCCAUUUAACUCUAAUGUCAUUGUAUGUCUAUCUUGAUAUUGUAGAAGAAGUCCUCCUUGGGGCUAUACGCCGCAGCGGAGCAGCCACCUUGUGUGGCGGUGGAGUGGAGGCAUCCUAUCCUAUCCUAUCCUAUCCUAUCCUAUCCUAUCCUAUCCUAUCCUAUCCUAUCCUAUCCUAUUAUAUUUAAGAUAUUCGAGAGCUUGGGUGAACAGAAACAGCGUCGUGAAUGCUUGACAUGCAACGAUCUACCGGGAUGAGGAGCGGAAACAGAAACACCUUGCCUUACGUCGCCAUCCCCCAAGGCUGGUGAAAUGCAAGGAGGAGACAUGAUUAAGGGAACAAAAAACAGAGAGAUCUACUAGAAGUAACCCAUUAUAGUUUCAUGGCAGACACGCGUAGAAAAUGAAGGAAAUACUUAGGAACAACCCAAUUCAGCCGCUUCCCGAAGAUUGGUUGUACUAGACUAAAGCCUUGCCGAUGCCUGACGCGAAUCAGUGGCGCAUACGGUGCCCUUCCCAGGACUGAUUCGAAUAACCUUUAGCUCUAUGAAGAUUGAUGUACACGGAGCACAGCGGAGAAGAUGGCUGCGUUAGUUACAUUCUGGUAAUGGAAUGAAGGAGCUUUCCUUUGCGUCCAUCUGUCAUAUGAGAUGGAUUCCCUCCUAUUCUAGUACCUUGCUGGUGAGAAGCAUACGAAGACCCAAUACCUGAUCUACCAACUAUUUUAGCAAGGGCAAGGACAUAAGCGCUCUACUCCUACCCUCUUUUAAAACUCAGCUUGAAUAAUUUGGCAACAACAUAUGAUCGUUGUCAGCAAGAU